GUAAACUUUGUGCGUGGGCGUGUUUGGAGCUGCAGGUGUGUCCAGCUGUGGGUUCGUUGGGUCAGCAGAGGAUUUAACGGGACUUUGUGUCGGUUUGAGUUGUUUUUAAAGGAGGAUGAAGACGCUGGUGGUGCUCCUGCUCCUCAUGAACGUUUCCCAGCAUGCCUCGGCUCUGGAGGUGUAUGAGGGGGUGGAGUCUGUCCUGCUGACCUGUCAGGACUCUUCUGUACCUGCACGUCCCACUCUGGUGUGGAGCCGCCACGACUUCAGUCCUCCAAUCGUCCACCAGCGUAAUGAUGCAGGAGAUGAACUGAGAAACCAAAACCAGCGUUACAGGAAAAGAACGUCCAUGAAGACGGACUCUCUGAGGACUGGAGACUUCAGCCUCACUCUGAGGAACCCCAUCACCUCUGACAGCGGCACCUACACCUGCACCAUCACUGCAUUUGGAAAUGAACGGACACUGACAGCAGUAGAGCUGCAGGUCAAAGUGUCCCACCAAGUCUUCACCCUGGAGGUGUACGAGGGGGCGGAGUCAGCCCUGCUGCCCUGUCACAUCCCGUUUGUAUCUGGACCCACCACAGGGGUGUGGAGCCGCUACGACCUCAAUCCUCCAACCGUCCACCAGCGUCAGCAGGAAGAGGACGAGCUGACAGAUCAAAACCAGCGUUACAGAGACCGAACAUCCAUGAAGACUGACGCUCUGCAGACUGGAGACUUCAGCCUCACUCUGAGGAAACCCCACAUCUUUGACAGCAGCAACUACACCUGCACCAUCAGAGUGAGGGGAGAAGAACCCAGACUGACAGAUGUUCAGCUGCAGGUCAAAGAGCCGUACACUUUCCCAGCUGAGGCCUGGGUGAUCCUGGCUGUCCUGGCCAUCGCUGCCAUUGUGGGUCUUGGAGUGUAUUUAUGGAAACUCCUCUACAGAGGGACUGAGUGGUUUGCAGCACUGGGCAAUAUUCCCGAAGCACCCCCACAGGAUCUCUACGGAAAACCCCCAAGUUGA